UAAAACAAAGCACAAAGCAGAAACAAAAAGAGCAAAAACAAACUGAGCGAAAGUGGAAGAAGUGUGAAGUGUUAUUGGUCCAAGAUACUCUUGUAGAGAAAAUUAAUUUUACUUCCAUACUGUCACUUCAACACAUUCAGUUGAUCAGAAUAAUUGUGUUUGAAUCAAGGUGAUAUCAAAGACGCUUAAAUUAAUUUAAAAGAAAUUUAGGCAUAAUGGAAAGCAGCAGUGAUAAUGGAGAAACAUUGAGCGAUUCUGUGAACGGGACCCAGUCAAAUAAUGUUGAGACAUUCAUCAUGAAGACUGAAAAUGAAAAUAUAAAGGUGAUUGAAAACGUCACAAGUGGUGAGACAGUAUUUGAAAGCACCAAUGAUAAGUCUCAGGCCAGUUUUGGUGACUGUGAGAACGGCCAGAAUUUCGUGGAAAGCACUUGCUACGAUGUUGUUCCAACCAGUGAAAGCCUGGAUAGCGGAACUCACGACUUCUUUAACAGCGACACGACUGAAACCCAAGGUUGCAUGGACAGUACUACCAGCAAUGAGAAUACCACUGACGAUGCCCUCAGUCUAGCCGAGAAUGCAAUUGAGGCGUGCACGUUUGAGAGUAAUGGUGUUGAGGAGACCAACGGUUUUAAGGAGAAUGCCACUCACGAAAAGAAAAAGUCUGAAGAAACCAAGGGCAAAAGGCAUGAAUUUGAAGAGCCUGCUGUGGUUGAAACCCAUAAUGUUGUAGAGAACAGCGACAGUGAAGGUGAUGUUUCUGUGGAGAAAGCAGUUGAAGCGACAGAUACAUCAGGAGAAAAUGUAGGUGACAAAAUUGACAGUACUGUUGAUGGUGUUGGUGAUGACACCCAGACGUUCAUAAGAAAUGCCAGGGGCGAGGCGAAUCAAUUUAUCAAUAAUGAUGUUGGGGCCGAGCUCCAGGUUUCAAAGGAUCUCGGGCCCACGACAUGUCAGCAGGACGUCAGCAAUGAGGACCUUGUGAGCUCACAGAACACUACCGAAGCAAGCAAAGCCUACUCGGAAAACGAUAGUUUCGAAACGUGCACCACCACUGACCAUUCCAAGGCUUCAGUUGAAGCCGACGACAAACCGAAUCAUUUUCCUGACGUCGAUGAUGGUAAACGGAAGGCACCCCAGGUGAAGCGUGAGUUUGACAUCAAGUUGCGCGGUCCGGUGACAGGUAGACGCUCGUACCGUGGCGACGUUGCCGACCCUCUGUCUCCCAGCAGCAUUGUGGCCGAGAGGCUCCGUCGCUCCAAGGAGCCGAGUUUGCCUCGCGUGGAGCCAGGAAGCACUGCCAAGCAGGACAGUGGCGUGGUGGGGAGGAAAAGGAGACUCAUCACGACCGGCGAAAACCAGGAAGUUGAGAACAAGAAGAAGAAGAAAACAUUCCCCCAGUCACUUUUUUCAUAUUUCUCCUACCUUUCUUCGUUUCCUGUUUUCUCCCUGCUGCGACCCGCCCAGCCGGAUGUGGUGGUGCAGGAGACACUCUUAACCGAUGAAAGUGGAAACGAGUCCGAUUAAUUUUUCUGACAAAGCUUUUUUUUUUUAUAUAACUAGCCAUUCCAGAAAAAUAAUCCAACUUGCAGAUUAUAGAUUGUAGUGGUUGCACAUUUUUACAGCGUUGUUAUGUAUUCUUUGUUGUGAAAAAACAGAAGUUUAAAUUUUUAUUGUUUUGUGCAUCUGCAUAAAUUUCUCUUAAUUCUAGUUGAAGUGAACGGUGUGUGGUAGGACUGUAUUACUGAAUGAAUUUUUCUACUGUGAAUGUUUGUAAUUUUACUGUAGGAGAUUAAGUAGCUGUAAAUGAGUAAAUUUAAUGUUUUAAUAAGUAUGUGUUUAGGAACUAGUGUUGGCCUCAUUUUUUUGUGAGAGAUUCAAGUUUCCUUAGUUUACCACAUAUGUUCUUUGUGGCACUAUUUCAAACAGAUUUUACAUGUGAAAAUGAUUGUUUUUGUACAAGUAAAAAAUAUUGCAUGGCUUGUUUUUGCAAGUAAAAAGAUAUAAUAUUGUCUAAAUUUGAAAGAAAACAUAUUAUCAAGAGAGAAAAAAGUGAUUUAAGAGCUAGUUUCACCAAUGUUUUGUAUUCCAUCUGCCAAUUAUUGAUUUUCUUGAAGAAAAUUUUUAUAUGUGUUUACUGCUUGAUUUCAGGUAGUCUUACCUGUAAUCUUACUUCAAUUGCAAUUAAAUACUGCGUAAACUAUUAACAAGGAUUUUUAAAAAAAAAAAAAAGAUAAAAUUCUUGUUUAAAAUAUUAUUUCAGAAGUCUACAAAGAUACUGACUUCUGUGAGUCUCCUCAGACUAUUUUGACUAGAGAUCAUUUUGAAUAUCUGUGAGAUGGGAUUACAAAAAAAAAUUACAGAAUUUUUUUACUUUAUUGUGUUGAGUUUUAUGUCCCGUGGCAGUAUCUUGUUUUUAGAUUCAACAUUAAGUUUUAUUAACUUUUUCCAGUAUAUAGAGUUAGUCAUAGGUACCUACUACAGUUUUUAUUUCAGCUGAGUUUUUUUUUUUUUUUUUCUGUUUUCAUGCAAUUAAAAUCUUUUUUUACUAUCUAGUGAUUUGUGGUAAAAUUCCUACAAAAAAAUCCUUAAUUACUUAUUUUUUUCCCUUCAGAUUUUCAUGCUACUUUUCCCAUUAGAAAAACACAGAUGUACGUAUGUAGUUUCUUUGAUUAUUUUUUGUUAAGAGAAGAUUCAUUUGGAAGUAUUUGCAGGCAAUUGACUACACAAAAGAAAUAAAAUGAUACAACAAAGGAAAGUUAAAUGUAUUUACAAUGAUUAAAACUUUUGGAACAAGAAUUAACUAAAACUAGAAAUUCAAUUAAGGUUUAAUUCUUCAUCAACUUUUGUUAGCCUGAUUAGUGCCAAAAAAUAAUCAUUUUGGUGAAACUUGCCCUUAUUCCUUUUAUGGUCAGUUAGAUGUGUGCCAAAAUAUAAAGAUUUUUAAUAGUAAGGUACCUGAUGUUUUUGAAAACCAAAGUUUUAUGUGUAACAUUUUGGAAGUAUUUUACCAUUUUUAAAUGGUGUAAUUCCUCAUUAGUAUGAUAGAAAUUUUAAAGACUGAAAUUUUUUGUUAGUGUUAAGUAAAUUAACAUUUAUGUGUUUUGUUUACUAAAAAUUUCUGAUUGUCCCAAUGGUAACUUUUUAAAGAUUAUUUAAUUAAAAAUAAAUAAAUUUAUAUAUACAUUCUAAAAAAAAUGUUGAGACUGCAGAUAAUAAAUGUUGAGGUUCUUAAAAAUUGAUGCAGUCUCUACAAUUUAGUGGAAAACAUCAUUUAAAAUACUCUAAACAAAAUUUAUGUUCUUGUUUUAUGGCUUAAGAACAUAUUACAUUAAUUACUAUUCACUGUAAAAUGGGCUUGAGUGAGCUGAAAAGUUUUAUCUGUACACAUUGCAUGUUUGAUGUUGUGAUAUCUGAAUAUUAAGAAUCCUAAAUUUAUCACUUUAAUUAGCAUAGUUUACCAAUGUAGUGAAAAUAUGCAGUAUUUCUCAGUUUAGUGUGAAUGAUAACAUAUUAUUAUCUCUGUAUUUUUGUACAUACUGCAUCAGAAAGAAGAGAGUUGGUUCUGCAAAAGAUGUGUGGAUUGGGCAUGUUUUUUAGGAAUAUUAACUUCUGUGUUCCAAUGGAUUCUGUGUAAAAAAAAAAAAAAUCCAGAUGGUUCAAGUCAAAGUUUUAAAAUAUGUAACGUACAGUUACGUAAUUCAGUAUGUAAAGGAAUGGAAGAUGCAUAAGUUAUCUGAAGUAUCUUUAUUGAUGUAUAUGUCAAAUAACUCACAAUAUUUUAAAAAGGUAUUUGAUAGCAAUAAUUACAUUAUUAAUGAACACUUAACUUAGUUCAAGCAUACUUAAAAUGUCGCAACAGUAAAUUCGAGGGAAAAAAAAUUCUUUGUGAAUUUACUUAAGAUCCGAGCUUUCACAAUCACUGCCCUUUCUGGAUACAUCCUUGAGUAGUAGUGAUUUCACUUGUUAAUCUGUUUGGUGGUCAGUUUUAUGCCUUUAGCUUUUGAAUUAUAUUACUACUGUAAGGAAUUUUUUUAAUAGCACACACCCAAAAUAAGAUUCAUUUUAAUAGUGUGAGUGUGCAUGAGAAAGAGUGGAACAUCUGUGACAGUUGUACUCGACCAAUUUUCACUACAAUCAUUUUGGUUUAACGUGAGACCUGAAAGUAUUACGAGGAUAGCAAGUCUUGUUUCUGUUUACUAAUAUAAUGAUAGGAUAAUUUGAUACCUCAUUCAUAAAAAAUCAGUGGUGUACCAAAGUAGAUUAGUUCUUGCAUGUAAUUUAGCUGGUUGAUCACGAAGGUUGAAUAUUUUGUGGUGAGUGUACUGUGUGUUUCUAUGCAGUAAACAAUGAUGAUAGAAUAAAUAGCACUAUUUUCACUUUUGCAAAGGAGGGAAGUCUGAGCAAAACUUUUGGGAUAAAUACCUUGUGUAAACUGGUUUAAGUAAACUAGUUCAGUCGCAUGGUGUUCUAUUUAAACUUGUUUCCAAGGUAUUAAUAUUUUAUUCAAUGCAAAUUUUUUAAGUAAAGUAAUCCUUAUCUGUUUUUAAUAAUCACAGUGCAAAUGUUUGUAACUGAAUGAAUUUUUGUUUAUUAAUUGAUUACACUUGACCUUGUUUUUUAUCACUUUGUGCACUUUUGAAUUUGUAUUAUUAUUAGUAAAAAAAAAUUUUUUUUUCCAUUGUAUUCAGAGAACAUCUGUGUAGUUUAAUGAGAAUCAGUCUAUAAUUAGAUGUGUUGUGAGUUGUUGAACCAUGUGAUCGAAUGUAAACAUGUUUAUUUUAUGCUUAUAGUUUCAGGUUCUUUAAUUAGCUUACUGAGGAUUAGGAGUCAGGUAGCUUACGGCAAAAGUGCAUGCUAUCUAGUUCCAGAUAAAAAGUUAAGUACCAGUUCCCAACGGUCUUGAUAGUGUGCUCCAACUGGAUAGCAGCUAAUCGGGUAAAGACGUUCUGGCAACAUAGGUACCUAUGACUUACACAUGGGACCAUUUUUUCGCUAACCAGAUUUUUUUUUGUUCUCUAUAUGUUUGCUAAUGUUAAUUUCAUGUUUGUGAAUUACUUAAGUGCCCCCCCCCCCCUUUUUUUUUUAGAACUGGAAUUUCUGGAAAAAAAAACAAUUUAAUAUUACUGGUAUACAUGGAUUGUGACAAUUUAUUCAAUUGAGGUUUUUUAACAGUUUUCUUUAAUAAUUGUUAUUUGGUACCUUUUUUCUAAUGUAAUUUUGUUCAGUUAUUCAUUUUUAAACAAAAGUAAAAAUAUUUUUAUGAGGGAGCAGUUGACUUUCUCAAAUUUCCAUUCAUAAUACAUGUAAGAACUUAAUUUUUUUUUGUUUGGGAAAGAUUUCAACUAUUCAAAAUUUAAUUAUUUAUUUUACUUUAUUUCUGUGCAUAUGGUUAACUUUUGUGCAAAUGCCUAUUUCUAGGGUUUGAAUUGAGUGUGGCUUUAAUUUGUUGGUUUGAUGGUCAGUCUAUAGAGAUGUUUUAUCAUUGUAAUUGCAAAAGAGAAAAUUUAUUCCCAAUUUAAUUUUGCACAUCAUGUGAAGGAUUUUUAUUACUGAGUACAUGUUUUAUCUGUAUGAACAUGUAAUUAAGAUACAUUAGUCUAUUAUCGUUCAUUUUAUCGAAACCUCAAGCUUUUGGUGUUUCGUCAGAGCCUAUACUUCUAUCACAGAAAAUUUUAUUUUAUAAUGGCUUCCAAGAGGCAUGUAGAAAAAAUUUCAGGGUAAUAUACUUGCCUUUUAGUCCUUUUUAUCAUGGUGAAUUUUUAAAUAAUUUCGCAUGGCACAAUGCUAUCCAUUGACUAAUUAUAAAUAGACACUUUCUUCUUCUUACAAGGGUGGUCUUCAGUCUACAUUUCAUUAAUACACCUUUGUUGUGCUUUACCUUAUGUUACGUUACCGUACUCUGUUUCUUUGAUGUGCGUGUAGAGUGCAACUGGUAAGUUUGUAAUGAAAACAGUAACAAAUUUUUUAUUUCUCUUUUAUCUCUGUUAUUAUUAAGGUUUUUGAUGGUCAUGUUCUCUAACGUGUUGUGCUCAUGUGGCAAGGGUUACAAGACCCGGGCAUGACUCCAAUUUAGGAGCGCUGUAUCCUUAUCCAAGUAGUCCAGAGGUCACUACGAUCUUAAAGGUCUUGUGGCAUUAAGGGGCCCGCCUCGUCAGGGGUGUAUGUGUGUUAGUGAGGCGGGAUGAUAAGCGCGACGCUCGCUGGUGCUUCCAGCGCGGCAUAGCCUCUAAGCGUAUGGCUCUGAACUGGCGCGCAUUCGCGUCUCGUCGUCACAGGAUAACUGUGGAAUUUGAGCGGUGACCGUAACAUUAUAUGGCGGAGAAAUGAAGAUAAAGGUGUUAUGCAAGCCCCUUAAGUGCUUUCAAGAAUCUGUACUGAUUGUUUUAUUCCUAAAAAUUACUCUGAAAACACGCGUUUUAGGCAUUUUAACGCUUCUAAAAAUACAGUUUAAAAACUUAAUCUGAAAUUAAGUACUUUUCGGCCUUCAGCGAACUCUUAAAUGCUAUUCGUAAACAUGCCCCACUCGGAUAUCUUGAGUAGUUUUGAAAUCGCGUUGUUUUUCCUGAAGCUCUGCACACCGUCUGUGUGACCAGGUAGGCGGGCCCCUUAAGCCGUUGUGCAUAAUCGUGUGAUAUUUAAACAUAAUAAGCAAACUGUGUUGAUCUCUUUGUUGCUUAGUUAAACAAAUUGCUCAUAAUUAUAUUUAAAAAUUGCACUUCUAAAAUUUUCAUUAUUUAAAUGAAAUAAAGCGCCAGAAAAGACUGAUCUUCUCAUAAUAUUAUUUUUUUUAUAUAUAAAGACUGAUCAUUCACGUGUUUAUUGCAAAAAUUGUAACUUGUGUACAAUUUGAUGUAAAAAAAGACUGAUUUACAAUUUAGAUGCGGUGGAUUGAAUUGUUCCUUUCUCUGUUCCAAAUAUAGUUUAUAUGUUCCUUGUUUUUUUCAAUGUGUGUGGUCAGUCCUUUAUUAGUGUAGCUAUCUCGGUAAUGUUCCUGUAAAAGCUAGCACAAAGUUUUAACUAUAAAAUUUGCAAAUUCACAGGAAGCCAAGAAUUGUCAUUGCACACAAAGUUUUUCCCGCUUUGCACCUUACCCGAGAUUGUUUCAGAAUCUUUUAAAAAAAUUUUAAGAAAAACAGAAAUGUCCUUAAAUGCACCAAAAAUUGAUAUGAUUGUUAAUCCUGUAGCCCCCAGAGCGUGAGAUAGUCUGUUUUCGUAAUUACUAUCCAGGGAAAAUCAACUCCAUUAAUACAUUUCAGUGCAUUUUCUGAAAUGGAAAUCGAAACAGGAGGUGACUUAACUCUUUUGCUAUGAAAAAAAUAUGCAGUACUAACCCAGAAAAUGUAGAAAAAUCAGUCGGCUGUUGCUGGCAAGAACAAAAACACUGAGAAAUGACAAUAUUUAAAUAUGCUUUUCUAUGGAGGAUAAAGACAUGCCACUUUAAGGUAUUGAUUUUAUGAUUCCAGCAUGAAAUAAAAACUGGUUUGAUUACAGACAGGCAUCGCAGCGAAGGAAAACACCUCGUUAUAAAAAAGUCAUGUGCCCCAAAUAAGUAACAUAUCAUGAAUUCAAAAUAAGCCGAGCGACAUUUAAGAGUUAAUAUCUGCUCCCUCAUAAACAUACUUUUGGUAUUAGCAUACGAGUUAGUUGGUAUAGUGUUCAUCUUGAUGUACUGUAAAGGUUUUAAAGAGGCCAAUUAUGAACCAUCGAAAAUUGUCACAUGAGCCAGAUUAACAUUUUUUUCUGUGGUAUAUUUAAAAUACAGACUCUGCUUCGAAAUUCAGAUACAGUUGAGAAGUGUGCCACUUAAAAUAUUUUUUUUUUUCCCCAAGAAAAAAUGUGGUUUAAUUUCCCUUAAUUUCUAUUUUAAAAUAUUACUUCACAAAUUUGUACUAAUAGGGUAUCAAGAGAGGGUUGCUGGUUCUUUGCCUUACACUUAGAGGCAAUGACACACUUAAUAUGUUGCCAAUGCUACUGCACUUGUAGUGCUUAAGCGUCAUAUAUCCAUGAUGUACCAAAACACUCAGUGCCAGACUGUCAAUAAUGUGAAGGACUUUUGUAGAAAAUACUUAAACCUGAAAAAAAGAUGCUCAAGAAUUUUGAAAAUAAUGUAUUAUGAAUACCAUUUAUAAGAAUAUUUGCACCUACUUUAUUGUGUUCUUCAAAAGUGCAACCGGUAUCUUUUAAAUAAUGAAGACUGUUUUGCUAUUGUUUCAUACGGCAAAAGUGGGCAAGUAUGGAUAUCCAUGAGAUAUGCAUGCUUCUCGUGCAGUUACAGGAGAGAUUGUCAAUAAUCAGCAACUACCGAUGCACUUUCAACCUGUGGAGGAUGCAUUUCCUGAAAUUGGCGUACAGUAACUUUUCCGUUUGCUACCUGCAUCGCAUUAAGUUCCUGAUAGUGCGAAGUUGGGGGACUCGUGUGUGUGAAUCUCUUUGUUGUUUUACUGUCAAGUUACUUUGAUUUGGAAUGGGCUGAAUUUCACAGAAAUGUUAAAGAAAUGCAAUUGUUAAAAGGUUUAUGUAAUUCUAAUAGGAUUGUUUGAUUAUUUUUCUUUUGUUAAGGGAUUUGUUUUGGAACCAAGUUGUCAUCUGCCUUGUUAUUGCAGGAAGACUGUUUUCAUAUUCUAGUGAUUUGUUGUUGGGUAUUCAUUUGCUCAUGUCAAUCUGUUCAUCCCUCCUUUGACCAUAGACUAGAAAGAAAAAAUAUGACGUAGAAGUAACCAGAGGAUGUAGUUAGCUCAAGAACUGCAUUUUUUUGCAACUUUUUUCUCUCUUUCUAUUAUCAUUGUGCCCAAUAACCUUCUUACCAUAGUUUUCAGUGGUUGUUUUUGUUGUUUUGGUCUUUGUAUUUUUAAAGAAUGAUUAGUGUACAUAUGUUCCUUUUUUUCCAAUGCUUUUAUUAUGAAUUAUUUCUGUGUUAGUAAAUAUAUACAUGCCAAUGAAAAUCCUUAUGUAGAUUAGGUCAGUGGAACUAACUGAAAGAGACUUCUUGCCAAGAGUAACUUUUUCUCACCCGGAAAUUUAGCACCGUCCAAAUUCAGAGUUUCGUGUUUAUACUGUGUAUUUUAUGAUUAUGAUUUUCUGGUAUGGCAAAUAAGAGCUCUGCUUUUGUGAAGUUCGACACACUUAUGUUUGUACAAGCUAGAAUUUUGUGGAAGAAGUUGUCACUUUUGUAAUUUCAUAAUGAAAAAUCUACUUGUAAAAUUUUGGAAGUGGACAGUUUAAAAAAGCGUGCAAUGAAAUUUUUUGUGGGUAUCAGAAGCUGCUUUGAAAAAAAGAUUAUUGUGACAGUGGCAAAUGAAGUAGAGAAGUUGAGAUAUUCCAUCAUCGGGCUCUAAAGUUUCUCUCCCAGUGCUGUGCUGGUUUUUUGUUCAGAUAUCGCUGAGAGCAUGUAGCCUGUUUGAUAACUGCAUGCAUAAUUUGUACUUGCAAGAAGGCCAUCUGGGCCACUUUAAAAACACAGCAUAGUGUUUGGACUGCACAGCACGCUUAAAACAAAUUUUACGGAUAUUUUGAGAAACCAGUUUGAUGAAAGUUUUUGGCCUUGAAGUUGUCUGUAAUGGAAAUUGAAGCAAAUACUUUAAAAAGCAUAUAAAAACAUUAUUUUGGUUUGAAACCACACAAGGUUUUUUUUGUAUCAUUGUGAAAAGUGGAAUUAUGCUAAGUAGUGUAUUGUACCAUUCACCACAGUGUUUGGGAUUUCACCUUGUGUAAAGAAAAUUUGCCAAUUGUCUGUUCUGUGUAAAUUUUUAUCAAUAAAAUGUUAAAUUAUA